AUGGCGGAUACCCCUUGGUCGGCCUUCCAGGACACGCUGACAGCUCGAGACUGGAUAGCAGCUCUCAUAGCUGCGUGGCUUGUGUUUAAAGUUUUGCAGACAUUGUAUAAUAUCUCGCCUUUCCAUCCGCUUAGCAAGAUCCCUGGUCCGAAACUCGCUGCGGCUACGUAUCUGCCCGAAUUCUACUACGAUGUGAUUCUCGUCGGUCGCUACACCCAUACUAUCAAGCAGAUGCACGAGAAAUAUGGCCCGAUCGUUCGCAUCAACCCCAAUGAGCUGCAUUGCGCUGAUAUGUCCUUCUCGGAUGAAAUCUACGCGGUCGGCGGUCGCAAGCGCGAUAAGCCCUUCCAUCAAGUCAACGGCUCGGCAGCUGGAACAGGAAACGCUUUUGGCACCCCUGAUCACGACCUCCAUCGCGCGAGACGUGCACCCGUUGCCAAGUUCUUCUCACGAGCUAUGAUCGCCCGUCUCGAACAAGAAGUCCACGACCUGGCACAAACGCUCUGCAACAAGCUUCUAGCCGAGAACAGAGAUGAAAAAGAUCGUAAACCUUUUGAAAUCGCCCAUGCAUACAGCUGCUUUACCUCUGAUGCUAUUUCAAGCUACUGCUUUGGUGAAGCAUUUGGAUUACUUUCUCGCAACCAGUGGCAGCCAAACUACCGCGAAGCCACUCUUGCGGUCCUUAAACCAGUGUUCUUCUUUCGUUUCUUCCCUAUUCUUGUUUCUAGCGUGAAGCUGGGAAAAUAUUUUAUUGACUAUCUGCCGACUGAUAUUGCCCUUCUUAUCCGAACUUUACAAAUCGACAUUCCUUCGCGUGUUCAAAAGACGAAGAACGAACUGGAUGCAGGUAUUGUUUAUGAUCGACCAACCAUUUUCGCAGAUCUGCUUCAAUCUGAGCUUGAUGAUAGUGAGAAGAAGCAAGAUCGUCUCGUUGAGGAGGCUGUUACUAUCGUCAAUGCUGGAACUGAGACGACGAGCUGGGCGUUGGCCGUGAUUACAUAUUUCCUCUUAUCACAGCCCGAGACUCUUGCGAAGUUACAAGAUGAACUGAAGCAAGUCGUUGACGAUCCAUGCCAUUUGCCUUCUUGGACGACAUUAGAGCAGCUCCCAUAUCUCGGAGCAGUCAUCAAUGAAGGUCUGCGUCUAUCUUAUGGCGUUUCUAGCCGCACAGCUCGCGUGCCAACAGCAGAAGACCUCGUUUACAGAGGAGAGUUUAACAAAAAGCCGACGACUUUGGUGCUGCCCCGAGGCUAUGCAAUCGGCAUGUCGGCGGCAAUCGCACAUCACGAUGAGUCUGUCUUCCCAGACUCGUAUACCUUUGCUCCUGAACGAUGGAUCGAUGAGGACAACAAGAUCAGGAAGGACUUGGAGAAGUCAAUGAUUGCGUUUUCCAAGGGUAGCCGCGGGUGUCUUGGUAAAAAUCUUGCAUUGUGCGAGUUGUACCUCUCGCUUGCAGCUCUGGCUUUGAGAGUGAUGCCUUAUAUGCGGUUGUAUGAGACAACCGAUAGGGAUGUCCGCUAUGACCAUGACAUGUUCAUUCCGAUGACGGAGAGUGGAACUCUCUACUGUCAGCUUGAGAAAGGUCUAGGCGCGCCUCCGCCAUACUCCAGCCUUGGUGCAACUACUUCGGCAAGAACGUUCUCAGACGCAAGCCAACCUGUUCUUGUAUCUGUCCCAACACUUGAACAACCUACAUGUCAUCCAUCAGAGAAGCCCAUCGCUAUCCCCGCAACAAGCUCCAAACUCGGCUCACCAUUCCUAAGAGCCUUUCCACCUAUCCUCGAACACCAAUACCAUCUCCCUCGGGAAGUCUUCCUCAGAUUUCUCGAUGAUCUCAACCGUGCAGCCGUCGCUAGUCCCCCAGUCCAGAUACUGGGAAUGGCCGGCAGCAUUGUAUCAAUGAUACCGCUGCACACUGCACAGAUCGUUGGUAGCUCGGUUAAUGCGGCAGCUACUCUUUCGACAUACGCCAUAAGUAAAUAUCGAAGCGAGCUCUGCAUCAGCACGGCGAACAAAGAACUCUUCAUGCCCAGAGGUCUUAAAGCUGAAUUUGCGAAGUUGGAUGUCGUUGCUCGUUAUGCUCGGAUGCCCAUCCUCAAUAAUGAGGGGAAGAUCGAGAAGAACAGCAUGAUUCUUGGACCAUUGGAAGAUGCGACAGCUCAGGCUCCAGUUACUGUACAGCAACGCAGACUCCAGGCCCUCGAGCCAUGGAUUGCACCGCUGGACCUUACACCGUUACCUGAAUUGCAUGUACCAGAUAACUUUGUAAGCAAAAUGCACGCCUCAAGGAGUGAACGACAGCGAAAGAAGGAGGAAAAGAAGAUGACAAAAGAUAGAGCCAAGGCACAUGACGAUUGGACCGAAGACUCAAGAAAGGCUCGAGAGGACUAUGAGAAGGAGAUGCGAAAGAUAGAAGAGGAAUUCGAAAAGGCUCAGCGUAAGCACGUCGAUGAACCUCGCAAGUUGGAGAGAGAGUUGAAAAAGCUGGAUAGAGAGAAGGAGAAGUGUGAGAAAGAGUAUGAGAAGGAAAUGAAAAAGGUGGACAAGGAUAGACGGAAGGAUGAUAAGGAAGAGGAGGGUGUGAGAAAAGUGCUAUGGCUGCUUAUCAGACCGAUAGGCAAUGAGCUUAUGGAGUGA